CUCCUCAUCUCAGUGGCUCUUUCGUUCAGACUCACGUGCACAGACACGCCCUGUUUGUGUAACUGGACCUGACCCAGAUGGCCGGUUGUGAAUAAGAGAGAAAGGAGAGUGGAGGAAUAAGAGAGGCUUGUCCCUCGUUUACCAUGCUGCUGCUCAGACUUUUGCUGCUGAUGUUGCUACGGGGAAGUGGUUGUCAAGCGGCAGAUGUUCCUGAGGACGUGACAGCGGAGUUCUCGGUUAGACUGUACCACCAGCUUCAAAUCACAGGAGGGGAGGAGAACAUAAUUUUCUCCCCGCUGAGUGUGGCUCUGGCUCUAGGCAUGGUGGAGCUGGGCGCUCGGGGCUCUUCUUUAGAGGAGAUCAGACAGGCUGUGGGCUAUAGCCAUUUCAGAGAAGAUGAGGAAUUCUCUCUGUUGAGCAACGUAACUCAGGCCCUGUCCACAGACGAAGAGCAGUAUGUGGUACGGCUUGCCAAUUCCCUCUUUCUACAAACGGGGGUUCACUUCAGCGAAGACUUCCUUCAUCUCAUGAAUAAGUACUUUAAAGCCGAGGUGGAGACGGUGGACUUCAGUGAGUCAGCAGCCGUGGCCGAACACAUCAACUCUUGGGUCCAAAACCGCACUGAGAGCAAGAUCCACAACCUGGUGUCGGCAGACGACUUCAGCAGUGUUACAACGAUCAUGCUGGUGAAUGCUGUUUACUUCAGAGGCAGCUGGAAGAACCUGUUUAGACCAGAAAACACAAGAACUUUCUCCUUCACCAAGGAUGAUGGCAGUGAAGUUCAGACCCUAAUGAUGUACCAACAGGGAGACUUUUACUAUGGAGAGUUCAGUGAUGGCACCACAGAGGCUGGCGGAGUGUAUCAGGUUCUGGAGAUGCUCUAUGAAGGUGAAGACAUGAGCAUGAUGAUUGUGUUGCCCCGUCAAGAGGUUCCUCUGGCCUCUCUGGAGCCCAUCAUCAAAGCUCAGCUGCUGGAAGAAUGGGCCAACAAUGUCAAGAGACAGAAGGUGGAGGUCUACCUGCCCAGGUUUAAGGUGGAGCAGAAAAUCGAUCUGAGAGACACUCUGCAGCAGCUCGGCAUCAAGAACAUCUUCAGCAAAGACGCCGAUCUGUCGGCCAUGACAGCUGAGAUGGCAGAAGGACAGGAUCUGUUUAUCGGUAAGGCAGUGCAGAAAGCUUACUUGGAAGUAACAGAGGAAGGGUCCGAAGGGGCAGCCGGAUCAGGUAUGAUCGCAUUGACGAGGACGCUGGUGUUGUACCCUCAGGUGAUGGCAGACCAUCCCUUCUUCUUCAUCAUUAGAAACAGAAAAACAGGAUCCAUCCUUUUCAUGGGCCGAGUCAUGACCCCGGAAGUCAUCGAGCCCUUUGACAACAACUUUGACAUGUGAAAUCCCACCAAUCGCAAUGUGACACUUAACCAAGUUAAUUCUUAUCUUCAACGAACCACAAGUCACUUUUGUUAACUCAGUUGUAACUCAUGUUGUUGCCAUGGUUUUCUAAACACAUGAGAAAAUAUUAUAUUAACAGAAUAUUUAUAUUAUAAAAGUGAUUGUGUUUUGAUACUUGUAAGCUUUAACCACACCAGGAAAUACAGAGCUGUAAAUAUUUGAGGUAUUUUGCUGCCAUUUAAACGUAUUCUCACUCCACCCCAUGUACACGUGUUAUCACACCUCUUAUUCGGCACAAGCAUCAUUGGCUCCUGUAUUCUUGUGUAUUUGCUAUUGUGUUUUCCGUAGAAAAACGUUGAUAUUUAUUGCAAGAAUGUGUGCAGUUCUUUAAAUGUAGACUCAUUUAUGAUCAUUUCAUUCCUUUUCCCCCUGAAUGACUUUUGGUUUAGUACAUGGCUGAAGUACUGCUGACAUACUAAUAUGCCUUAUUAUAUAAAUAUGAGUUUUUUAUUUAAUGAAAGGUUGUGAAUGUACAGGUAGUGCAGCGCUGUUGCCAUGGAGACUCAGGCAGACUGGGAGAG